GCCAUGUAGACCACGGAAUAACAUUUGAUGAAUCUUUUCAAAACAGUUGGGAAUUUUAUGAUGCCGUAAGCCAAUCAGCGAUGAUGAAUGAGACGGGGCUUCGGAGGGUCCUCCCGGAGCAGUCAUUUGGGAGUGGGUACACCUUUGGCACCCCCCGCCACCCAAGCCUCAUCGACCCCAUCUUAUCAAAGAGGGUCUGCUUCUACAAAAGUGGAGAUGCUCAGUUCAAUGGCCUGCGCAUUGUCAUUAACAAUCGCACCUUUAAAACAUUUGAUGCGCUUCUGGACAGCCUCUCUAAAAAGGUUCCCCUGCCGUUUGGGGUGAGGAACAUCACCACCCCCAGGGGGGUUCAUGCGGUCCAUACUUUGGAUGAACUGGAGGAUGGAAAAUCCUACAUUUGCUCUGACAGUCGGAAGGUAAAACCAGUCAACCUGGCUCUGGCCAGGAAGAAGCUGGUGCCGUGGUACCAUGCCAGGCCUGUUAGUUCCCGUCGUCGGACCGUGCAGCAGGCCAGGUUUUUUCCUGGCAGGAACAUCCACAAGCAGGAGUCGGUGCUUGCGCACACACCAAAGACGCUACUGGUUUUCCGCAAUGGUGACCCCGCUGUAAAACACACUGUAGUGCUUCACAAGAGGACUACACCCACUUUUGAGUCCAUCCUGGAAUAUAUUUCAGAGCUGAUGCAGUUCCAUGUGGUGAAAUUACACACAGCUGAUGGCAGACGUGUGGACGGCCUUCCAGGCUUGAUAUUGUGUUCUGGGACAGUAGUGGCUGUCGGCAGGGAGCCUUUCAGGCAUGCAAACUACAAUGCACAGAAAUCACCAGCUCAAACCACGCUGCCUACCAAACGAAUGGGUCCCAGAAGACUAAAGGCUCUAAAACGUAAAAAAAAGUCACAAUCACACACUCCAAAGUCAAGAAAUUUCUCCCUGUCGUCGGAGAGGUACAUCGUGAAUCGGAUUCACAACUCCAUCGCAGGAAGUUCAAGCGACCAAGCCAGUCACUCUGUCGAGUUGGAGUCGCGUCAUCUACUGGAGUCAGUACCAGAAACACCAGACACCGGCCUUGGAGCUCAGGAGCAGGACAGCUGCCUGCCCACAGAUGACGACAUUGAGAAGUCCUUUCGAGUGAACCAAGACGGUAGCAUGACAGUGGAGAUGAGGGUGCGGCUGACAAUUAAGGAAGAGGAAACCAUUCAUUGGACGACCACCCUGGCACGCUCGAGUGUAGCCAAUCAGCUUAAUGUGACCUGUUUACCGGAGCCUAUGGCAGAGCAGGAGAUCAGCUCACUAAAAUCAAACUCACUGGAUUUAGAAAGUCCUGCUGCCUCCAUAGACACCAUCAACAAGGACAAAACUCAUGAUAACAACGACCGGGAUCCACCUUCGCUGGGCAAUGGAGUUUUCAGUGAGAGUAAUAAUGAAGAGGACGACAGCAAAGUACAGACAUACAUGGAGUCCCCUAGGAGUGCUCCCACACCAGGGCACAAGCAAAUUAGAAAAAAGCAAGCCUCUGUGGAGAGCAUAAAAUCAGUGACAGUAGAGGGGAUUCAGGAAGGUAUGGUGGGUUCUUACUCCUACAGAGAGCAGACAGAAAAUGGAGCAGUGACAGAGCAGUACUGCAUGGUCAAACAGAAGAGCAGCAGACCAGUGCCCAAACCUAGAAGACAGAGCUCUGUGGAUGCCAACGUAAACGUCAGAAACGUAUCCACGUUCAAAUCAGCAGGGAUGACUGAGAUCCAACAGAUUGAAUCCGGUGGAGAGGAGUCUCUGGACAUGGCGUCCUCACCUGUCAGACACAAGUCAAGUGGAAAGCUGCUGUCAAGAAAUCUCUCCUCAGACAAUGCAUCAGAACCAACAAAUAAGACACAAAGGAAAACGUCAUCCCAGAGGAGGCGUCACAAAACACCACAGUCCAUAACCUCAACAGCUGAACUGGAAAAAACACUAACUUGUACCACUCUCAUGCCGCUGGAUGCUGAUCAGAGUGAUGACAGUAAGAUGACCAAUGACCUAGAGAAAUCCACAGCACAAAUAAUCCCACAGCCAUUAAACAUCGCAAAUCAGCCGGAAAUGAAACCCGUGCUUGAGAAGAUUUGCUACUCAAUAAAGUCAAUUAGACAAAUCACACAAAACAAACGUCCGUCGUGUCUGGAAAAGUCCAACAGCCUGCCUGACUUCUCCUCUCAUGUGGCCUCUAUGUUUGGCUCUUCUUCUAAAGCUCUCCUUGCUUUCUUGUCUGUCAUGACCCUAAAAGAAGGCCUAGACGACAUAAAUAUGAAUGAGCUAAAUGCAAACAAUGUCAGCUGUGCCGAAGCUUUGAAAAUGAUCGAUUCUCUCAGAAAAUGUGCCAGUAUUGACGAUUCCCACGAGUUAAAAGUUAAUUUGUCCGAUUUACAGCAGUCAGCUUCCAAACAGCUCCUGCAAAGUUGGAAGGGCUUUCAGGAUCUCAGCGACAAAUGCAAGAGUCGCAGCUCAACACCAAAUAAUUCAGAGCAAGAAGUCGUGGCCGAGGCCGGUACUGAAAAGGACUGUGGCAUUGACGAGAUUGUGGAUAAUCUUGACAUACCUAAGAGGCUCAAGGAGGAGUUGACCUCUCUUUCAAAAGUCAAAAGUUGCAGUAAUGAUGAAGAAAAGAUUGAAAAAGUGGAACUAAAAGAUAACAGUAAUCCUGAGAUAUCCCAUUUCUCCACAGAAGAUGCUGUUAAUGUCAGGGAUGUUGCUCAAGAUGAGAAAGUUAAUGUUGAUGUGAGCUCCAUUAUUAAAAGAUUCACAGACAUUAACCAGCCAAAACAAUCGAGCACGGGUAGUAUAACUAAAGACACUAAAGACAAGGACAGCCUGUAUGAGCAGAACGGUGCUGACAAAUGUCUACCAGCUGAACCUAUCGAUAAACAGAGACCUGAAGACAAGCAGCUUUACAGUACAGUGUUCUUUGCAAAAGAUAAAGGGCAGCAAGGCCACAAUGGAGACAAAUCAAACCAAGAAAAGACUCAAAUGAAUGGAGUAGUCAGCAGCAAGAAAAGUCUUGAACAAAACCGUAGUACCUCUGAAGCAGAGGAGCAAGACAUGGAAGGUAAUCAGCUGCAGAUGCACAGUGAGGAGAACAUCCCUGAGAAUGAGUUUACCCAUGAUGAAGAGUCAGGUUCAGAUGAGGAAGGGCAGCACAAGUCAAGAGCCACUAAAGAUUUAGAGCAGAAGGUGCUUUGUAAGCAAGGUGUAUCUAGCACAUGCGACUCAGAUGUUGAUGAUCCACCUUCAGAGGAAGAGCAGCCGGAGGUUGAAUGUAAAAGACUAAAGGUUAUCAUUGAGGAAAGUUUGUCUGGCAAUGAGGAAGAGGAGGAAGAACACCGUGAUAAUCUUCCGGAUCACACGGAACAAACAAGAACAUAUAGAGAGUUAAAGACUUUGAUAGAAGAGGCAGAGGAGGAAGAGGACCACCAUGCUGAUGAAACACACAUUUGUGAUACUGUAGGAGGGGAUCCAAGCCAAUUUAUAGAAAAUCAGGAUUCAUAUACCAAAAAUGACAAAAGCAGUUUGAUAAAGUCUGACAGCUUAGCAAAGACUUAUGGAUUUAAUGCAGAUGAAGAUAGUGGGAAUGACCACAGCAGCUGUGAGGAACACGUAGAGACGGAGCAACCAAAGGUUGAAGACAAACCAAUCAACAACUCAAGCUACGAUGAUGAAGAGUCCAGCUCAGAGGACGAACACGCCGACAUGGACAGAUAUACAGAAGAGAGCUGCACAGAAUAUCAAGAAGCUCCUGCACAGUCUAAAGAUACCAAAUGUGACAAGGUUGUGGAAAAACUCAAGCAUCAAAGUGAAGAGAUAAUAUCCCAAUCGGUCGCAGAGAAAGUGACUCUUCUGGAGAAACAAGUUGCCGAUGCCCAUAAGACAACAGAAAGUUCUGCCAUCAGACGAUCCUCACUAAGACAUGCCCCUCCUGAGCCAGAUGUUGAGGACUCACCCUCUGAAUUGCCCACAUCUCAGUCGGCUCCCGGCAGCCAAUCGGCUCCUCAGUCGUCAUUAUCAUUCAGCUACGAUUCCAGUGGUGUCAUAACAUCGGAGCCUGAAGGCAACAGGGUCAGAUCCAUUAGGGACAUGUUCCUGGCAAAGAGUGCCACAGAUAUCCCGCACAGAUGUUUGCCAAGCACGAACCCAUCGGAGACCAGAGCAGAGACCUCAGCCAGUGCCGGGUACCAGUCUCAGACUUCAAGCGAGCUGUCAAGCAGCGAAGACGAUUCAGCGCGGAAAUCCAUCACUAAAGGCUUUGUGAGGAGAACAAUCGAAAGACUUUAUGGCAAGAAAGAUGCUAAACCUGACGAGGAAGCGGGUGAGAGGCCGCCAUCUGUGCCAAAACAGAAAAAGAAAGAACAUUCAAGCCUUUUCUCUCCCUUCCACAUAUCCCGGUCCAAAGCAAAGUCUGAGUUGUCUUACUUCAAUUCCACUAAUGCGUUGGACACCUUAAGUGAAGCGACACACUGCGUCGCUUUUAGUGCACAAGUCGGGCCUGAAGACAGAGUCUCUAUUGAUAAUGAACAAUGGUUCCUUAGAGAAAACACCCCGAUCAGAAAGUCUGUGUCAGACCCGGUCGGAAUAAACAAAAACUCCACAAACUCUCACGACGAGGAAAUAUGUGAGGACACAGAGGAGAACACCCCAUAUUCCCUUUUCUGCACAAAGUCUGAACUGGAAGACAAGAAGUCGUCAUUUUCAAGGAAGUGCAGCUACUUUUCUUUGCCCCAUAGGAGUGACUCAGAUGCGUAUCAAGACGACCUGAGCACAGUCAGCAAGAGCAGCGCGAAUGGUGACGGCACCGUGGACACAAACGGGGACUCGGAGGACACCAGGAUGUGGGCGGAGAGGAACGGCACGCUGCCCGGUGUCACCGACUUUAAGAUGAAGGACAACAAAGUGCACCCGCUGAUGGAGCCUCCACCUGAUGGCGAGGCCGUGGUUGUGCAGCCGGGGAAAGGUCAAGGUGUUGUAAGCAGGAGGAGUCAGGAGCCUGACAUGUUGGACAUACUUUACAAUUUUUGUGGUCAGAAUUGUCCCAUCCUGUAA